AAUAAAAUUAAAAAUGUGUAUUCAGGUACUAGUAUUUCUUUAUUAUCUCCAGACAAGUAGCAAGCAGUAGUUUAUCGACGGGAGAUAAUAUAAUACAAUUUAUUAUCAAUCGUCGAUCGUACAUAUUAGAGAUCUGUAUCGGCCAUGUAAUCCGCCAUGUCGACUGAUAAGGAGGUCGUAAAAAUUUCGCUUGAUUAAACAGUUAUCGCGAGUGCGAUAGCGCAGGCGCAGUGUUGGUAACGCUAUUCGCUUGGCGCGCCGCGCGUUACGUUUUUCGAUUUUUUUAAGACGUUUCUCCCUUAUAUAACGCAUUUUCCCUAGUGCAUUAAAAAUAAGUGUUUUUAAAUAGUUAGUUUUAAAAAACAUCAAUUACUUGACGACAAUGCUUAACGAAGUUACAGAUAUUCAUAGGUGAGGACGAGGAAUGGGGAAACGAGGGCGAGGCGAUGCCAGGAGAACCUCGCACGCCGAGCUCAGGGGGCGAGCGGCCCGCGUCCAGCGGCGGCGCCUCGCCCGCGUCGGGGGGCUCCGCCAGCUCCCCUGCGGCGUCUCCGCCGCGCCUACGACUCAACACUAGCCUGGCCACGGACCCCGCGCUGGCCCCGCAAGCUACGCCGCUCAAGCGUGAGCCGCCGUCCCCGUCGCCACCGCCGCCCCCGACGGCCCCACAGACGGCCAGAGACUAUCUAGCCCUGACAGCGGCAGCGGCCGCCUUCCCGGCGCUCUUCCCAACCGCCCCUACCGGUUACAUGUGCAAGCCAUGCGGCAUCAGAUACUCCUCUCUAAGCACGCUACAAGCACAUCAAGAGCAUUACUGCUCCAACAGAAGGCCUAAGACUGCGGAUGGAGGUGAGGCACCGGCCGAUCCGACCGGAGAUGAAUCGAGUAGCGACGCUAAAACCCCGCGACCGCCGCCAGGCAAGCAAUAUGCCUGUAGUUACUGCUCAUAUAGUGCUGACAAGAAAGUCAGCUUGAACCGCCACAUGCGAAUGCAUUCAUCGUCGCCUGUAAGCAGCGGCACACCAGCACCGACGCCUACUUCGAACGGCGACGCCACAGACCCGCCGGUCGCGCAAGACCGCUACUGCGCAGACUGUGACAUACGCUUCAGCUCCAUCAAGACUUACAGAGCUCACAAGACACACUACUGCAGCACGAGACAAGUCGUCAAACAAGCUUUAGCUGCAGCAAGAGGUGGUUCUGCAACUUCAGGGUCCGCACCGCCUUCGCCAGGUGCGACGCCGCCGGCGCAGAAUCAGUACGCUCUAGCUUUGCCAACAAACCCAAUUCUCAUCCUGCCAUACUCAUUACUGCGAAGCGCAAGUACGCUGCCUGGAGCGACACUACCGGACCCUGACACGCCAUGUUUCCUACUCCCAAAUGGAACAUUUCAACCAAUAAACCGGGUAUUACCAAAUGUGACCGCAGACGGUAAAGAGCCAGAAGUCUUAAAGUCGGCAAAUCGACCUCGUGAACCUUCCAGAGACGGUGCCACGCCACUUGACUUAAGCGUGCGAAGGUCGCCUGAAUCUGUUACAACCGAUGAGCACGAAAAGGAGAAUAGGAUAAGAUCAACCACUCCGGAACAGAUUGUCUGUGCUCCAUCGUUGCCAGGGUCUCCAGGAACUCCGUCGCCUUCCAGGCGGUCGUCAUCUCCGAGCGCUGAGAGCUCGCCGAAACGUCGAAGGCGUAACUCAAGAGGUCCUACACCAAAACCUCCGAGUAUUCCUUCGCCACCCGAAGAUAAAUUUUCUCCAGUAGUUCCUCCCGCCCUGCUACCGCCGGCGUUAGCGCUGCGUCUCGCGUCAGAGCUGCCGGUCGCCGCCGCGGCGCCUCAAGUGCUAGUCAAGCAAGGAGUAUCGAAAUGCAAAGAAUGCAAUAUCGUCUUCUGCAAAUAUGAGAACUACCGUAUUCACAAGCGGCAUUAUUGUUCAGCGGGGGGUGGGGAGGAGCGGGCGAGUCCCGCACCGCCGGAGCCCGGUCCGCCGCCACAGUAUCGGCAGUUGAUCUGCAUGGCUUGCGGGAUCCACUUCAGUUCGUUGGAUAAUUUGACGACACAUCAGUCCUAUUACUGUACUAAGCGGGAGACUCGGUCGCCACGGAGUGUGCCGGAGAUUCCCCGGCCCACGUCAGGGUCGGAGGGCGGUUGGAAGUGUCCAUGCUGCGACGUGGUGUCUCCGACGGCGGCGGCGGCGCAGCGCCACAUGGAGGCGCACGCCGGCGUCAAGGCGUUCAGAUGCACCAUCUGCAAGUACCGCGGCAACACGCUGCGAGGGAUGCGCACGCACAUACGCAUGCACUUCCCCAAGAAGCCUGCUGACUUGCAGGAGGAAAGCUUCAUCGCCUGCGUUCUUGAGGACGACACUCGCGAGACCACAUCACCGAGUCCAGCAGUCGGAAGCGAUCGCGUUCACCGCUGCACCUCCUGUGGAUACACCUCCACUUACAGAGGUAACGUGGUCCGCCACGCCCGUUUAGUCCACGCCACUGAGGAUCCAGAACCAGAGGAACAAACCUCCCCUCCGGCUCCAACAGUAGACAUUAAAAAGGAACCAGAAACGGAGCUUGAAGAAACCCCGAAUUACUGCAAGUCUUGCGACAUAUCAUUCAAAUAUGUCAAUACUUAUAAGGCGCAUAAGCAGUUUUACUGCACGGCUAAUAAUCAAGACGCUGCUGCCAAUAACAAUGUUCCGACUGCUGCCAAUGAUACGCCAGUUGUAUGAACUGAUCAUCCAAAUGAAGGUCUUAAGAUAUUUGUUUGUCGCAACGGUUGAUAUUGACACUGAAUUUGUGAGAAAUAUUUCAAACUUUGCAAAAACUGAUUUUAGCAAGUUGGAGUGAAUCAUGAAAAUCCUAGGUCAAUGGAUAGAAUCAUGAGUCGUCUGAAAGUUGAAAAAUAAAUUAUGUCAAUGUCAUAUCGAUUAGAGCACUUUGACCAGUUUUCACAGACGCUUCAAUGUCAUUUCAGCCGCUGCAAACACUAUGUUCCGUUCCAACUGGCAAAAUUUUCGAAAACUAAAGCUUAUCCUGUAACUAUAACAUUUAGGAACGUAAUAAUUGUAUCGUUUCGAAAUUAUAAUCAAAAUCAUGUGCAAUAACAAUUUAACGUUAUAAAUCUAUAUUUAUCGUGUACCGCAUAUCAAAGCCAAGUGUGUACUCUAGAAUAAGAAAAUGAGGCGUUUUAUUUAUUAAAUUAAAAAAAUUACAUUUAAAAAAUUGUUCUGUCACUGGCAAUGAAUGACAUAACCUAUUUCUAUUUUGUCAUUUUAUUGACAUUGACAAGUUAUAGCGCCAUCUAGCGGACAUAGCGCGAACUAUUUAUUAUUCUACAUUUAAAAAAGGCGCCUCAUUUCUUAUCUCAGAAUAACGGCUAUUGUACAUAAGCCCUCAAUUAGAAUAGUUUUUGUUACUUGUUAUGUAUAAACCUAGUUAUAAAGUUAACCUCUUCGUCUUCGUAUUAGUAUACGUUAAAAAUUACCAGCCUGUAAAUAAUUGUAAAGAUAUUAUUACAUUGUAACUAAAUUUUAUUACCAUUUGUUCUAAGUGAUUGUUCUUUCUUUGUUGUUAUUUUUUAAAUAUUAAUUAUUGUUCUUGGAAAUGGGAAUUGGCUUGCAACUUUCUGCUUUUUGUGUAGGCACACUACUAAGUACUUCGUAUAAAAAUCAACAAAAUUGACGGCCUAAAUAUGUGAAAUAUUAAUUAUGAAGAUGUACUUCUUAUGCGGGACUGGACAGAUUCAGGAUUGGACAGAUUCUGAAUUUGACAGAUUGUCCCACUGAUGGGCACAGGCCUCCCUCAAUCAACCGGAGGAGAUAUAGGAGCAUACUCCACUACGAUGCUCCACUGCGGGGGAAAACAGUUAUGUCUGGGAUCGCUUACGGCUAAAUAACAACCCUAAAACAAAGAUUUUGGUAAGAACAGACGCGCGACAGAAGUAGCUAUAAUUCUUAUGCAAUAGUGUUAAGUUGCAAGUCAAUUAUCAAUUUUAGGUGAUUUAUAUUCUUCUAUAAGCAUAGAAAUGCUGAUCCCGUAAUAAUUUUAUUUACCUACCAGUGGUCUUUCCAUUAUUUACCUUCUCAUAUGUAAAAUUCUAUUAUCUCCAAAGUGCCUCAAAUACUCAGCAUUUAUAAAUGCAUGGGCCAUAGCGUCACUCUAUGAUGGCCGUUUUAACGUUUGUCCUGCUCAUCAUGUUUCGUAUUAAAUAACCACGUUAAAGCGAACUGCCGUACGGUCAUCAUCAUCAUCACCCCAUUAACGUCCCCACUGCUGGGGCACGGGCCUUCCCUAUGGAUGGAUAGGGAGAUCGGGCCUUAAACCAUCACGCGGGCCCAGUGCGGAUUGAGGGUUAUUAACGACUGCUAAUGCAGCCGGGACCAACGGCUUAACGUGCCUUCCGAAGCACGGAGGAGCUCGAGAUGAAAACUUUUUUUUUGUGGUCACCCAUCCUAUGACCGGCCUUUGCGAAAGUUGCUUUACUUCAACAAUCGCAGACCGAGCGCGUUAACCGCUGCGCCACCGAGCUCCUCAACGUACGGUCACGAGUACUAAUAUGUAUACACUUUGCAACCAUGUCACAUUAACUUUUUCGACAAAUUAAACCGUAAACCUCAUUAAAUGUCAAAUAUGAUAGUGCGACAGGUUUCUUAAGUGGGUACAUGAUAUUGCUCAUGACUGUACUUUAUUAUGUCAACACGGCCGUCAUUAAUUUACUUUGACUUAAGUCAAAAUGCAAAAAUGGUGCUAAUUCCUGUAAAUACCAUCUAAUUUUAUUUUAGGUUAUAUCUGUCAUUUUCUUAUCCGCCGAAAAGGAAAGGGACGGGUAAUCGACAAGCAUAAAAUUUAUGGAACACACGUCAAUUUUAAGCACAAAUCUAAAACAACCGUCUAAAAAUUCGCCCGGGUUAUUCAUUUAUUUACUCAUUCUUCCUAAAAUUAAGAGCUGUGAAUCAUCCGUCUCUUUCCUUUUCGACGGAUAUGAAAAUGACAGAUAUAACUUAAAAUAAAAUUAGACGGUGUCUCCAGGAAUCGGGGCCAUUGACAUACGUCGUAGUGUCAGGAUUUGUGCCCCGUUAAUGGCAAUAGGCUCCCCCUAUUACAAGUGACUUAGACAUAGCGGGCGAUGAGUAGGUGUAUGUAUUAUACACAUCUGCCUACCCCUUUGGGGAUACAGACGUGAUAUAAAUGAUGAGUAAUUGAGGCCUUAAAAUUGUCGUUUUAAUGCCUACUUCUGUAAGCUAAAAGCUUAAUAGAAUCAAUUUCCAAAAACAGGUAUUGUGAUAAACAAAUAUUUUACCUGAAAACCCAUUUAAAUAAUAAGUUCGUUUCAAUCGCUCGAUUGAAUAAUCAACCUGAUUAAUAUAUCUUCAAUCACGUUUUAAAAUUCAAUCGCCCUAGAAUUUACUUUUUCCUGUAAGUAACGAUUACAGCCGUAUUUUAAGAUGUUAACUCGUCUCUUCCUCCACUAGACUCGGCCUCAGCUGAGCAGUUUGGUAUUAGUUGAUAUUUACGUCCUCGAUCUGAGGACUUUACUCACUGGAGUCGAGCAUAUCAUACUGCCAACAUAAUAAUACGAAAAUAAUGACGUCAUGCCUUAGUAAACUCGACUUAAGGUUAAGGCGCUGUCUAAGAAUUCAAUACAAAUACAUUUACUUUUGUAAUAAUAAUAAUGUUUAUUGAAAAGCUCAUAGCUCUAAAACUUUAUUGCAGACAACUUACAAAACAAGUUUUACGCACAUGGACGAAAGAUACAGUACAAUCUGGCGGCCUUAUUGCUAAGCAGAAAUUUCUUCCAGGCAACCAGUGGCAAGAAAACAUUUAUCACAAUUUGAUGCGACACGGUGCAACGUCUUGUAUAAAAUAAAUACCAACAUAAAAUAAAUACAUAAAUACAUACAUAAACCCACGCCUAUUUCCCACCGGGACAAGCAGAGCCUAUAGAAUUCCAUUUGCUUCGAUCCUGACACACUUCUCUUGCUUCCUCCACAUUCAUCAAUCGCUUCAUACACGCUCGCCGGUUCAGAGUAGAUCGUAUUAUUUUCUAAGGACAUCUCCAAUUUGAAAAACAUAAAUAAAAUAGGUAUACAUAAAUACCGAUACCGAAAUUAACUAAACUACAAACCGACCAACAACAAACUCAACAGCAACUGUUUAUUCAUCAUCAUCAUCAGCCGUACGACGCCCACUGCUGGGCAUAGGCCUCCCCCAAGGAUCUCCACGACGAUCGGUCCUGCGCUGCCCGCAUCUGUUUAUUAUUAGUAUUUUUUAUUUUUAUUAAAUACAGAAUACCGUGUUGAGCUGAGUUCGAAGAAGGCCUUGAGGUCGCCUCAACUGAGAACAGUCGGGGAAGACUGGAGUUAACAUCUUAGAAUUUGGCUGUAAAUAUAGCAAAAUGUAAGGUGGAAAUACCAUGUUUUGUGUAUGCCAAAGCAUCGCUAGAUAUAUUGUAAUUUGCAUUUAUAGGUAUCUCACUAAUAAUAAAAUUAGUUUUAAGCGAUACAAGACUUAAUCCGUAGAAUACUUACCUACAUGUAAACUAUGAAAUCAUUUGUGUUCGUCUGUGAAGGAAUGGGGUCUCGUUUCACGAAAAAACUAACUUUGUGAGAGCGGCGACCAUUUUCCAUUAUUAUUACGUAACCAUGUGGUAAAGUACUGGGGGGCCACAUCGAAGCAAUUCAUCUAAAAAAGCAAUAUUGUAAUUUAACAUUUGCGCAUAUAAAAGCAAGUGCGCAAUGCACAUAUGUAUAUGUCAAAUAGCAACAUUGCUCUUGUAGUUGAAUUGAAAGAAAGAAAGAAACGUUUUUUUAUAAAGGGACACCACAGUAUCAAAUACAAAACAAAUAACAAAUAUAUAAUUUAAAACACGGAGUAACACACAACUUACAAUCAAACAAACAAAACAAAAACAAAAUUGCGAUGUGGCCUUUUUAACCUGUAGUCUAUAAAAGUGUGAUUUCUUUUUUUUUAAUAUUUUUUAAAGCAUGUAUCCACUAGGCAACACGGCCUCUAUCAUGGAGAGGUUGAGCGUUGGGCUCACGAUCCGGAGGUCCUGGGUUCGAUUCCCUGUAGGGGCACGUGUAACAGAAAAGUCACUUUGUGAGACUGUCCCUGGUUUAAAAACUACAAGUAUCCAUCCACAUGUCGCCUUAUAGUGAAAACCACGCAUGCGCAUUUUGAUAUAUCACAUUCUAAUGAUUCUGAAUAAUCUGGGUAAUUAUUAGGAGCACAAAGUUUUACCUGGAUUGAAACUAGCGCGUCUAUUGCAAGAUUUUGUUAAUAAAAUAUGCGCAUGCGCGGUUUUCACUUAAGGCAACGAUAUCCACUUUUAUAGAUGACAGUUACCAGUACUCAAAGCAACGUAAAUUAUCAUGACAAAACGUAAAGUGGAACGUAAAAUCUGUAACGUGAAAGCAUCUGAAGACGUGCCAUAAGUCUGUGUUCUCGAAAAAUAGUUUUAAAUGGAAACUUCUCGAAUAUUCUAAUAGAAAAAAAAAACAAAUGAGGGUAGUUGCUAAAAGCCCUAAGAAUUGGAUCUGAUUUGGUAUACAUUGUUGUCUUGGUAAAUAUAUUUUAUUUGCACGCUUGUGUAAAGAAGCAAAGUAUGUUAAAUUAGGUUCACUUUUAGAAACAAGUUUGGCUUUUGGAAAUGUCAAAAUUUAUGUUCCAAAGCAACCCGACCAGGAGACGAACCCGGGACUUUGGUUUCACAUUCGAGGUGUCCAGCAUUUACACUAACGGCCGUUUUCAAUUAUCUGUCCAUGGUUUUCACUCACUAAAGUAAAUUUUGUCAUUUUGACGUAGUUUGUAGCUCGGUGAGGUGGUACUUAGUUCACCUUGCGAUGGAUGUAGCUCUGACUACCCCAGUAGGGAUAUAGUUGCUUGUGAGCUUAUAUUGAGGAGCUCGGUGGCGCAGCGGUAAACGCGCUCGGUCUGCGAUUGUUGAAGUUAAGCAACUUUCGCAAAGGCCGGUCAUAGGAUGGGUGACCACAAAAAUAAAAAGUUUUCAUCUCGAGCUCCUCCGUGCUUCGGAAGGCACGUUAAGCUGUUGGUCCCGGCUGCAUUAGCAGUCGUUAAUAACCAUCCGCACUGGGCCCGCGUGAAGGUUUAAGGCCCGAUCUCCCUAUCCAUCCAUAGGGAAGGCCCGUGCCCCAGCAGUGGGGACGUUAAUGGGCUGGUGAUAAGCUUAUGUUACACUGUAUCAAAAUUGUCAAAAGUUGCUUUAGUGAGCGGAAACCACGGAUAGAUAGAUUAUUGAAAACAGUGUAUUUAAAAAUACCUAAUGUAGUUUUUUUUUCUGACUUAUUGUAGGCCUGCCUCAGACGGCAUUCACUUCUUGGCCGAACAAAUAACACAUCAACAAAAAAAAGUAAAUUUUGACAUACCCACCACGCCAUCUUGCGAGCGAAUUAGUAAACACCCUCAUAUUCUGUAGUCAUAAGCAACAUCAUGUACUCACUUUAGAACCCUGUCGCGUUAAGAUAUUUGAAAUUUAUUGAGGACUUACAGUUCACUUUGUCAAAGAAGUUAAUGUGACAUGGUGCUAAAGUGUAUUAAUGCUGUUGACCGCACAUGGUAUUUUAGGUUUCUUAAGGGUAUUUCUUCCAAAAAUAUAUAGUAAACAAUACAUAAACAAUACAAUACAUAUAUGGAAAUAGACUCACCCCUUACAAAUGUGUAUAUUUUUGAAAGAAAUAACCUGCCACUGCAUUAGGUACGUGAAAUUUGUAUUGUCAAGUGAAUUAUUAUACCUACCUAUCUAAAAAGAUUGAUUUUUGCCUAAAAGGAACCCCUCAUCCAAAAUUUGAUACUCCUAGCUUAUGUAGUUUGAGGUUUCGUUAAUCAGUGAGUGGUAUUUCACUUUCUAACCGACUUCAAAAAAGGAGGUUCUCAAUUAGUCGGGAUAUAUAUUUUUUUAAGUAUUUCCCCGAUUAUUCGAAGACGCCUGGACCGAUUUUAAAUUAUCAUCGCUUGACACGGCAAAUUCUACGAAAUACAAAUCAAAAAUUAAUUUAAAAACAUUGUAAAGGCAAAGAUGUGAAAUGUACUGUAGGAGUUUGGAAGAACGCCAGGAUAUCCAAUACCUAGCUUAUGUAGAAAACAAUGAUAUUGUAAAAUACGCCAGACAAUAAAUUAUUUAUCACAUAUUAA